AAACUGUUACCCACGAUGAAAGCGUGCAGUACACGUUUUGCCAAAACUGUCAGUUUGACUGUCACUAAAACGUACAGAAUACAUGUUAUUUGUUGACGUUGGUCACUCUUUACGGAGAACUGUUUCAAAAUGAGUGUUUAUUGAUAUUUUCAGCCACGUGUAGCAGCCUGUGGUUGUCUGUCUUCAGUCACCGACGUCAGACUUUUUCAGCGCACAAAUGAGUAGCGGACUGUCCGAGCUCCGAGACGGGGGGUCAGAGGUUGACAUGAUCCCACCGAAGCGGCUCCGCACCGCGGACAUCGGAGCAGAAACACCGGGAGGAGAGAAGGAGGAGCUGGAGGGGAAUGCAGUGGAUGUGAGUAUUAUCAUGCCAGUGUACAAUGCAUCCUGUUGGUUGGACGAGUGUCUGCAGGCCAUAUUACAGCAAGACUUCACUGGAACCAUGGAGCUCUCUGUCUUUGACGACGCAAGCACUGAUGACUCCAGGAAAGUGGUGGAGGGUUGGAGGGACAGGCUGGAGGCGAGGGGCAUCUCCAUGGUGAUCUCUGGCCACAAUUCUGCUCAACCAAGAGGAGUGGGAUAUGCGAAGAAUAAGGCAAUAUCUCAGAGCUGUGGACAAUACUUGUGCUUUCAGGAUGCGGAUGACGUUAUGUUGCCCCAAAGAGUUCGCCUGCAGUAUGAGGCAUCUUUCCUCCACCCAAACUCGUUGAUCGGCUGUAGAGUAAAGAGGCUUCCGGAGGGAUCUACAAAGCGAUACACUCACUGGAUCAACACAAUCACUCAAGAUCAGCUCAUCACACAGGUGUACACCUCUCACGGGCCCACAGUCAUCAUGCCGACAUGGUUCUGUUCAAGGGACUGGUUCCUGAAGGUUGGAUCGUUUGACGAGGGGGGCAAGGGAGUCCCGGAGGACUUGCUCUUCUUCUACCAGAGUCUUCGUCAAGGAGGAGGCGCGGCCAGAGUUGACCAGUGUCUGCUGGUCUACCGUUACCACGAGAAGGCCGCCACACACUCCGUAACAGAGGAAACCAUUUGGAACCAGCGAGUGGCAUUUCUGCAGGAGAGAGUCCUCAGCCAAUGGGAGCGCUUCACCAUAUGGAACGCUGGGAAACAGGGCCGGAAGCUGUACCGCUGCCUCAGCCCGACCAAUCAGAAGAAAGUCAAAGCUUUCUGUGAUGUGGAUGAGAACAAGAUCCAGAAAGGCUUCUACACAUAUGAGGACUCUAAGGAAAGACCAAAGCCAAAAAUCCCAAUUCUGCACUACAAAGACGCCUCCUCCCCCUUCAUUAUCUGUGUUAAACUGGACAUGACAGGAGGCGUUCUGGAGGAAAACCUCAACUCUUUGCAGCUGAAGGAAGGAACAGAUUACUACCAUUUCAACUGACAGCUUGGAGUGGUGGCAAAGACAGAGAGAGGGGCGCUGCAUCUUUAACAGUGCAGAGGAAUGCACAGGAGUGGAUUACUUACACACACAAACUGAGGGAUGGGCAGGUGAUAAGAGGAAAAGAGUGAACUGAACAUUGGAAUAGAGUGAAGGACAAUAGCAUGACGAGAGAAGGAGAAGAAUAUAAUGUAUUUUCAGUGUUAAAAGACUUUUAUGAGUUUGAGAAGUCUCAAGUUCUCAGCAACUUUGGCAAAGUUGACACACCUGCUUAUAAAGGCACAACAGUCCAUCGUAGUCCUGAUUUCCCUCCCGCACACCUGAACCACAGUACACUGGUUUUUACUGUCGUUUGUUUUCAGAGUAGCUUAAUAGAAUAGUUCGAGAUUUUGGAAAAUAUGCUGACUCGCUUUCUGGCCGAGAGUUAGACAGGAAGAUUGAUAGCGCUCUGCUGUUUGUACGCUAAAUAUUAAGCUUGAGUGGGGGAUAGUUAGCUUAGCUUAGCAGAAAGACUUAAAGACAUAAAGACCAGAACUUCUAAGGCUCAAUAAUUAGCCUGUCAUAUUUUAUUUGUUUAAUCUGUUCAAAAAAAUAUAAGUAUAAAACCGCCAAGUUGUGGUUUUACAGGGAUUAUGAGCGUGACUAUUUCUUGGCCAAGACUCUUUUCAUUCAGUUUUUGUACUGAUUCAACACAAGACAUAACGUUUUAAUUGAUGAGCUUAAGAAGUGCUGGUUGGGGGAUCUUUUUAAUCUUUUGGCAGAGGCAGGCUAGCUAUUUCCCCGAGUUUCCAGUGUUUGUGCUAAGAGAAGCUAACCUGCCUCUGGCUGUAGCUUCAUAUUUAAUAGACAGAUGUGCAUAAUGACGAUCUUCUCAUCUAACUUUCGGCAAGAAAGUGAAUGAGCAUAUUUCCCAAAAUACAAAAACUAUACUUUUUUAAAAUCUUGAACAUGAAUGUUUAGGCUUAUAAAAGGAACCAUUACCUGACCUCCAGGUGGAAGAAGUGGCAAGAAAGAAGAAUUUGAGGGAUGCUUUGGUUAUUCAAUCACAAAUAGGAGGGCAUUGGGUUCCUCAUUUUACUUAUUGGAGCACAGCUAUUUAUCAUGGAAGGCUGACUGCCAAUGUUGACCAUUGGAGGAAUCAUCUUAUUGUUGUUUUCUAAUACUGUGUAGACUGAGACAUGUGGUAUUGGCCAACCUGUAUACUUGAACUUGUAUUGAAGUUAAAGAAGUGAUGACAGAAGGGUAAACUUAUCAACGGUGGCAUGUUUUAUGAGCAGACUCCUUACAUAGCUUUCUUAACAGUCACACUCUGAUGCAACCGGGCAAAAUCAGAUACACGCAUAUAUCUGCUACAAAUGUACAAACAUGGAUACUGUACGUAUUUGUUUUUCUUUCUCUGGGUCUCUUAUGAAAUCUAAAGAACAAUAACCUCUUUAAGAGAGCACAGUUCUGAUACAUAAACACGCACAAAAAGUUUAUUUUACCUCACAGAGUGUGGAGUUUUUCUGCCCAAAGGUAAACAGACCUUUCCCCACAAAUCUCCCCGGUGUUUCCUGGGUCGGCGAGGCGGUCUGCUUUACUGUAAAUCUGGCCGCAGCAGUUUGUAGGGAAGCGGCAGUGACGGUAAAAAAAACUGAAGGGGGUCUUCAACUUUGCCAAUGUUUUGUUUCCACUACCUUUGUUUGUUGUCAUAGACUGAACAUACAGUUGCACAGCAGUGUGAAUGUACAGAAUCACCGUACCAUAUUAGAAGUUUGACUUGAAUUCUUUGUGUUUGAUGAAUAGCAGGACUGUUUGGGCCUGAUUCAGCUGGGGUUUGAGGUGAAAACCCCAGACCUCUGCCACCCACAGUACAGCUCUGUAUAGGGGCUGAGAAAAAUAUCACACCCACUUAGCACUUACUCUCCACUUAGACCCUCUUCCCGCUCCGUGUCUCUACACACAAACACUUAAACAGUGAUGUGUCUUCCUCAGAGAUGUCACGUCUUUGCAGUAGGCUGGUUAUUUUUAUCAUAAAUUCAUUUGGCAGCAGUUUUGUCAAUGAAUUAAGCUAAAUCAUACUAUCAGGGCAGGUAUCAUAAUCAAGUAACAUUAAACUUACCUAUCACAGCUGUCAAUCAGCACAUCAAAGCUAAUAUAAGUCUUCAAAUCUUAUUAAUGGAGCAAUAAGUUCCAAAUUGACCACCAUCACACUUAUUAGAGGGCCCAAAUUUAGCAGAGAUUUGGAGAUUUUUUGGUGGCGUUGCACUUUAAGAUAUGUCUGCUUUGGCUUCAGCCUCAAGCCGUGGUAGUUGUUGCUUGUGCUAAAUCCAUGCAAACCAGGAAAAGCAGAAAAAAUGUUUGCAAUUAAGAACCUGCAACCAGGGAAUGUUUGGCAUUUUUGCUUGAAAAGAACUUAAAAUAAUUGCUGAUUAAUUUUCUCACUAAUGAGUCAACUAAUGAAUCGUCUCAUCUCCACUUUGCAGAAUUUCACUUUUUUGGAGAGAUAUUGUAUCUAUUGAUCUGUGACGCAAGUGUUGUAUUCACUUGUGGUUUAGGUUGUUUUUUUGUUUUUGCUUCUUAGCCUCUCUAGUGACUCUCUGGCAACAACAGCAACAUGGUAUGGCAAUGUCUGUCACUUCAUCAAUCCACCACUUUGAUCUAGACUAAAAUAUCUUGAUGGAUUGGUACAAAAUAAUGACUUUAAUGAUGCUCUUACAUUUCCUCCAGUGCCACCAAGAGGUUUACAUUUGUGUCUUUUAGUUAAAUGUCAAGAACUAUUGCAUGGAUUGUUAUGGAAUCUGGUUCAAACAUUCAUGUCUCCCUCACCAUGAAUUAUAAUCAGCGUUGGUGAUCCUUUAACCUAUAACUAAAUACCUGCAAAACUAGAGACAUACCCAUCAGACUGUAGACACAUCUGUAUAAAUCUGUAACGUAGUUUAAUCCUUCAUCACAUCUUGUCAGUAAAAACUGAAUACAUUUGUCAGCUCUGCUCACCACGCCUGUUGCUAAAUAUUUGAGUGAAACUACAAGGUUGACAGUUAUUGCUUCCCACUGUGGCCACUCAAAUUCAAAGUCUUGGAGCUACAAGGUGCUUUGGAUAAAUGUCCACUAAAUUGACAUCAUAUAUUUUAGAAUGUAACGAACCAAAGCGAGUUGUUUAAGUAAGACCGCGCUCCGUCUAAAUACAUCCUGUCUCUUUUACCCACUUUGCACUCAUGAUAAAGCACUUGGUAGAUGAUCAGAGUGAGCUCUAAUGGAGAAUCUAUGAAAGAGACUUGCAGAGAGAGUAAACAGAGCUUUACUCAGUGUUUACACUCUGUCUCUCUGCAGACAUCAGACCUGAUAACACACACACACACGCACAAUAAAUGACCCUGACCCUGGAGCCUGUUUGACUUCACUGGUCAAAUAAACCUGCACGUGUGUAGAAGAAAUGCACACAUACACACACACAAAGCUGUGUGUUUUCUGGCAGUGCAGCUGAUAAGAGAGUUAAGAGUUGGGUGUAUUUGGGUGAUGAGAGACCACAGAGGUCAGACACUGAAGGCUUUUUCAUUAACCGGGAACUUUACCACAUUCCUUUGUUUCAACAUCUCUCUCUUUUUUCAUGUGAGGUGUGUCUGUCACUAAAACUGCUAUGAGCACAGUAACCACAUCGUCUGGAAUGAUGAGAUCUGGAGUACACGGUUAUAUAAUAGCUUUUUGAUAAGGUGCAGCUAACAUUUUUUGACAUAAAGCAUGUCUUCAUCAGAGUAACAGUAGGCAGUGGCAGUGUAGACGUAUUUAAAACGCCUGCAAAUCAUCCAUUUGGUUCAAUGGUGUUCAAUGUAUAAAUCUUCAUCUGCAGUAUGUGCACAUUUAGUCAAAACUGAGUCAAAACCAGAACAUGACUUUGGCAUCUUUCUCACCAUUUAAAAAAAUCAUUAUGCUACAGACAAGUGUAAUUUCCAUUGUCACAUCAGGAAAGACAACCACUAAAACAGGAAUGAAAACUGUUACUGUUGUAGCUGUUGAGAUAGACAGGCUAGCCAUAGCUAAGCUAACACAAAAUUUACAUAUUUUUGGAACUUUUAAUUGACAAACAUCCAUUUAGAUGAACCAAUAUCUUGGUAAUUUCACAUAACUACAUAAAGUAGCAGCUAUAUUAAAUCGUAAGUUUAUGACUUUUAUAGAAUUCACUUGACUUGGUGCAGUUAAACUACCUUUUAAAAUGUUUUAAAUUGUAGAUCAAUAUGCUAUAAAUAUUAAAAGUGUACAGGCAGACAGACAAAAUAGUUCAAAUGAACAAGAAAGCUGAAAGAAGGUGCAUUUUGCUUGUAGCCAGGCCUACAUGUGCAGUAUCUGCCUGUUUAGGUCUUACGUUGGCUCAAUGGCACCUAAACAGGCAUAAAAUUAACUUAUUACAGUCUCUCUGUUAUGCAGUUUUCUGGCCAGUCAACAGUUAACUUUUUCUCAAUUUCACUGUUUUCAUAGUUACUGCCAUCUUCUUUCUUAUGAAGUUGUCAGUGGUGCAAGCUGAAUGAGUGAUGCUCUCCCUUCUUGUGUUGUCAAGCUGCCUUUGAGCAAGGCACUUCAACAGUGCGAACCGACACUGCUCAGAUGUCCCCCUGGGUAAAUAAAGCUUUUUAAAAAGAGAGAGCAGUACGCUGCACACGAGCAGCGAGGAAGUGAGGGUCAUGAAGGUUGAAAUCAGAGAUAGAGGAAUGUGUGUGUGUGGCUCCGUAAGGAAGCAGUGUGUGGACAGACGAAGCGUUCCUCCUGUCAGGCUGCCUGAGAAGAGCCAGGUGACGGCAGGAGGAUACGGCGCGCAGGUCAGAGGCUCUGCUGCUCUGUAAAUACUUCACAUGGUGAAGGAGCACAUGAGGUCAAACAGCACAUCAGCAGCUCAGACUUCCUCCGCUGUGGUGACAGGAUUAGACUCAGGUCAGACUCCCUCUGCAACCUCCAGAUCUUUGGGCUUCAGUUGUGUUUACAGUGAAGCUACAUAUAUUUCAUACCAGGGGCUGAAAUGUGCUUUACAGUGGUACAGAGUUGUACGUUUCAUGCAAAGAGACACAGGAGGGGUUGAAAGUCCCUUAUUAAAGCAGUCCCUCAUACCAAAUCCAGUCUUUUAUUUAUUUUAUGCCUUUUUUUCCUUUUGAAGAGGAACUUGACAUCACAGUUUUUGUUUGGUAGCAGUAACCUGGAUGCAUUUGUGUGAAAAUAAUUUUGGCUGUACUUUUUUCUAAUAAGGCACAUUUUAUACAAGGUUUAUAAGUUGUAACUGGGGCUCUAUAAUGUUUAAAUCUGGAGUGGUGUCUGAUAUGUUUUCCCACAAAAGAGUUCAAGUACCUCAUUAAAAAAAAUGCUUCAAAUUGA